AUGGCUAUAAAAACAUUUUUCAUCAUAUUUUUUAUAGGAACAGUAAAUAGUCAACUUCGAUGUACAUUUGAUCGUCCAAUAUUAGGUGAAUAUUAUUCAUAUGAGAAUGGUCUUGAAAGUCAUACAUCAUUUAAAAAGAAUGGUGAUAUUAAUCGACUUUUUUAUCGUCGAGAAUCAGGUCGUGGUGCAACAGCUAAUAUAAUAACUGUUCUUGAUAAUCAUGCACUUGGUGAAUGUGUUUAUCUUAAUUGGAAAGCAAAUCCUUUUCAACAUAUUUUCAAACAUCAUUAUCAACUUAUUUAUCGAGAUAAAAAAAAAUCUUGUUAUCAAUGUUAUGAAAUAUAUAAUCGAACACGUAAUAUUCUUCAAAUACGAAAAAGUGAAUGUGAUGAAGUAACAUCAUUAUCUACAAAUCAAAUGAAUAUUCAAGAUCUUUGUUUAACAAUUAAUGAAGAAGCUGAAUUUGAUACUUUAUUUUUAAAAACAUAUUCAGCAGAAGAAUGUCGUGCAACAAUAUAUGGAACAUAUCAUUUUACAUAUGAAUUUCGUGAAGGUGGUAUUGGUAUAUGUGAUAAUUCAAUAUCACGUUUAGUAUCUUGUCCUGAUCCAGGAACUCCAUUUGAAGCUGUUAAUGAACGUUUUUGGAUGACAUAUGGUUAUUGUCGUGAUCUUGUUUCAUCAAUUGAUGCACAACCACUUUAUCAAUGUUUAGGUCAUUGGAUAAAUGAUAAAGGUGAUAUAUUUACGGGUAUUGCUAAUGAACGUGUUGGAACAGAACGUUGGUAUGAUAAAUUUCGCUGUAUGUUAACACGAAAAGAUCAACCAAGAUGGUUUGCUAAAUCAUUAUUUGCUGAAUGUUCUCGACUUUAUUCACCAACAGAUGGACCAGAAAAAGUUAUUAUAACACCAAUUAUACCAGAAAUUCCAACAUCAAAUUGUUUUUUUCCUGAUAAUUUUACUGGUGAAUGGAUAAAUACAGCUAAUAUUAAUGCAAAAACAAUUAUUAAUUCUACACAUAUAUAUGAAAUAUCACGUGUUAAUAAUCGUGGUUGGUUAAGAGAAACAUAUUAUAUUUGUCAACAAACAUCUCGUAGUCAAUAUUUAGUUAAAUCAGUUACAACAGGUGAAUGUUUUUCAUAUUAUAUUUGUUUUGAUUUUAAAGAUCGUCAUCAUAAUAUAUUACGAUAUAGAAAAUCAAAAUCAUUUAUGUCAAAUGUUUAUGAUAAUCUUUCAAAACGCGAUCCACUUUAUGAAGUUUGUUCAUGGAUUAGUUUUGGUAAUGAUGCUAAUUGGAAAUAUCAAGUUUUUGUUUUAAAUCCACCAUCACCUAUUGAAUGUCCAUUUACUGGUAUGUGGACAUUUAAACAAGUUGGACAAACAAAUUCAUUAAUUCGAACACGUAUUCGUGGUGGUAUAACACCUCGUCCUCGUGAUCAUGGUUGGUAUAUAUCAUGUGAUCCAAAAUAUAUGGUUUCUCAAUGGACAAUUUGUAAAGAUGAAACAAAAUCUAUGUUAGUUGAUCGUGAAUAUUGUCGACAAUUAGAUCCAUAUGGAACACCAAUUGGUGUUUAUGAACAACCUGAUUAUAUAUAUCAAUGUGCUGGUUAUUGGAGAGAAGAUUCUCGUUCAUAUUUAAUAACAUAUGAUCGUGAUGAACCAUAUAUUAAUUUAAAAUGUUGGGUUUAUGAACGAAUAGAUUUAUUUAAAAUAUAUUUAUCAAGAUCAGCAGGUUCAUUUUGUGGUUUUAAUCAAACAUCAGAAAGUUAUACAUCACAAGAUGGAGCUGAUCUUAAAAUUGAACUUAAUGAAGCUGAACGUAUUCAUGAUGAUUGUCCAAUUCGAUAUGAUGAUGGUCGAAAUCCUUGGCAAAUAAUUGAUGAAUUUUUAUUUUAUUAUUCUUCAGGAUCAAUAGUAUUUUAUUCAUAUUAUCUCAUUAUUUUAGUAAUUCUCACGAUUUUUUAA